AUGGUAUAUCUGCAGUUGUGGCAUAUUAGUCUCGCUAGUCCAGACGAAUACAGACUUUUGUCUGAUCUUCGCCAUAAUUACGAUCCAUACGAAAGGCCUGUAGCGAACGCUUCUGAACCAUUAGUGGUUAGCGUGAAAAUCUAUCUUCAACAGAUCCUGGACGUUGAUGAAAAGAAUCAAGUGAUCACUCUCGUUGCUUGGAUCGAAUAUCAAUGGACGGAUUACAAAUUAAAAUGGCAGCCAUCCGAGUACGGUGGGAUUAAAGAUAUUCGAGUACCAGGCAAUGCGAAUGCGAUCUGGAAACCGGAUGUCCUCCUUUAUAACAGGCAAUUUCAUAAUGAUGCCGAUGAAAAUUUCGACUCCACAUAUCCAGUUAACUAUGUUGUUAGCCAUAAUGGCCAUGUACUGCAGGUCCCACCUGGAAUAUUGAAACUUUCUUGCAAAAUCGAUAUCACAUAUUUUCCAUUCGACGACCAAAUGUGUCAUUUGAAGUUCGGUUCGUGGACCUAUAGCGGCAACUUCAUUGAUUUACGCAUCAAUGGGCCCGAGGGAAUGAACAUAUCGGAACAAGGAAUGGACAUAUCAUACUACGUGGAAAACGGCGAAUGGAAUCUUUUA